AUGUCACGCAGUAAUCAGAUGACUGGGUUUGAUGUUGGAUAUCUGAAUCUGGACAUCCUUGAGCCAUAUCUGAGGCUCGAUGCGCAACGAUCCAACCCACGUCUUGCUCACAUCCCUGAGCCGUGGGUGCUCCGUGGGCAGCUAUUGCGUGCCUUUCAAAAAUUCCCAGAUCGCUUGAUGAGCGACGAGUUCCAGCGCGUCACAGAAAGACGUGAUGCAGGCACCUAUCGCGCCAGAGUGGUGAGCAGAUACCAGGGAGUGCGCGACUUCUUUCCAUCCGCUGCAGAAUUGGAGCCUUGGUUUGAGUCCGUCCGAGAACGCGUGCGAGUGAUUCGACACAAUUUGGGCGUCCCUGAUACCUACGUUGAUGUGGACUCAAGCGACAUGAUGUACAACGGCUACUCUGACCUUAUACGUAGCCACCUUUCGGAAAUGGACGAGACGGUCACCCAUCAUGCAAUGAAGUGUUUCCUCCGCUUGGAAGGCACAGAUCCCGCCGGCCUCCAUCCUGGGCUACGAAUAACAUAUGCUCGAGAUGCUGGCAUCCAGAACGCGGCUCCCACUGACUUUGCUAUUCGGUCGUUCCUAAGUCUCUCGCCUGAGUCGGCGAGCGUCGAGUACUUGCGUCAUACGGGAACGUUUAGCCUCGACGUUGUAGCCCGGGCGUGUGAUCCUGCAGAUCCUACCUGCAGCGUUUGUCAAGAAGAUUACGACAAUAGUCACCGACCGGUCCGGACAAUACUUUGCAAACACAAUUUUGGUGCAGAGUGCUUAAAGGGGUGGAUUGAUAGACUAGGUUGGUCUGUAACUUGUCUCAUGUGUCGUCAACUUCUUGAACCGCAACCUAGGCCAGAUCUUGACGCAGAAUUCGAUGGUGUUAUUUGCUACAUUUAGCCAUCUGGUUCUCUCCAGUCGACAUUCAUUCGGCAAAUGCCCUGGCUUGCUUUCUUUUCCAAAACUGAACUACUAGACCAGUACGUUCCACGUGAACGUGGCUAAUUCAAUAAAGAAACUUCUCUACCUUUACCUUAUCAUACCCGGCGCUUAGAAUGUUACUCCAUGCGUUGAUUUGCGUGAUAUAAGUUUAUAGU